AUGGCUACCCACGUACGAUACAACGUGGCUCUCAGACCACCAGCCCAUCCCAGAACUUGUACUGACGCCAUCUGGAAUGAGUACCAACAAGCAUUGGGACUCUAUGCACAAUACCAGGGAGCAAUCCCCAAGCAGCCAGCGGCACGGGAAAAGAAGAUGGGAAAAAUCAAGGAGUUUAGGGGAGACAAACGAGAAUAUGCAUCGUUCCUCCGAAACGUGGAACGAUACCUACAGGCAAAUGAUGGAGUCUACAGUGAUGACUUCAGCAAAAUUGCCUUCGUCCUCUCUCAAAUCGACUCCUCAUCCACGGCAGGAAACAAUCUUGGGACAUACCAAGAUUUUAAGAUGACACUUACCAAAAAGUAUGGAGGUGUCGCAACCAAGGACCAAGCUUGGCAAGUACUUCUCGAAGGGAAGUACAAGCAGGACAAGCAAACCGUCGACAAGUAUAUCAGAAAUCUCGAUAUCCUCUACCGAUAUGCCUAA